AUGCAACAAAGAGAAAAGGAGACAUUCCGUGAAUACGCGCAAAGGUGGCGCGAAAUUGCAGCACAGGUUGUUCCACCUAUGGAAGAAAAGGAGAUGACGAAAGUGUUCUUAAAGACUCUUGAUACUUUUUAUUACGAGAGGAUGAUUGCAAGCGCUCCUACAGACUUUACUGACAUGGUAAACAUGGGAGUCCGUUUAGAGGAAGCAGUUCGAGAAGGGCGUCUAGUCAGAGAAGGAAGUUCAUCUUCAAGCGGGGCAAAGAGGUACGGCGGUUUUAUGAAAAAGAAGGAACAAGAAACUAAUGCUGUGUCCUAUAAUCAUCCAAGAAGGAUCAAUUAUCCUUACCAUUCUCAACACCAACAUAUAGCAACCGUGACUCCAGUAAUCACUUCCGCUCCAGUUCAAGUCCAAUCCCCUCAGCAGCGUACCAACCGCUUCCAACAGAAUACUCAGUAUCAGCAACAACAUCAACCUCAACAACAUCAACAUCAGUUACAACAACGUCCACCACAGCAGCAAAGAAGAACCAAUUUUGAUCCAAUUCCAAUGUCAUAUACAGAAUUGUAUCCAGCUUUGAUCACUAAAAACCUUGUGCAACCACGACCACGACCUCUUGUACCAGAAGUGCUACCUUGGUGGUACAAGCCAGAGUUGGAAGUACAGAAGUUGACAAGAGCAGGUAUCCUGACCUUCAAGAACAUGGGUCCCAAUGUGAAGGACAAUCCAAUGCCAAGUCAUGGUCCUUCAUCAGUGAACAAUAUAGAAAUCUGUGGUACAUGUUCAGUCAAUUCAAGAGGUUGUAGAAAGAUUCAAGAUGAUUUGCAAGGCGUCCUUGAUCAGGGUUUGAUUCAGAUUUCUAGACAAGGGAGUUCUCCAGAAUCACAAGAACAAGAGGUGAAUGUCAUCAUUCCUUGCUUCAACAUUCCAGAGAAAGUAGAGAUAACUUAUCAUCCGAGGGAGCCAGUGGUGAUUUGCCCUCCGGGCCCAAUGCCUUACACUUCAGAUAAAGCGGUCCCCUACCGCUAUGCAACAACUAUUAUUGAGAACGGUAAAGAGGUCGAGAUUAAAACCUUAGCCUCAGUUACAAAUAUCGCAGCAAAUAGCCGAAUGAUGCGCAGUGGCCGCGUGUUCGCUCCGCCGGUUAUCCCAAGUAGAAAUGUUGAGAAAGAUCCAGUAGUCGUGGUACCAGUGACAAGAGAAGCAGAAGGGCAAACAAGCAAUUCAAUCCUUGAUAAAGAAACAGAUGAACUACUUAGAAUUAUCAAGCUCAGUGACUACAAAGUGGUAGAUCAGUUGCUACAGACACCGUCAAAAAUCUCGAUCCUGUCCUUAUUAUUGAAUUCAGCUGUCCACAGAGAAGCACUACUGAAGGUGCUUGAUCAAGCCUUUGUAGAACAGGAUAUAACAGCAGAGCAGUUCAACAAUGUUGUAGGCAGCAUCACUUCGUGCAAUGGCUUAGGCUUUUGUGAUGAAGAACUGCCAGAAGAAGGAAAGAAUCACAACUUCGCUCUCCAUAUCUCAGCCAAUUGUCAAGGGGAUUCUUUGUCUAAUAUCCUAAUUGAUACCGGUUCAUCUCUGAAUGUCAUGCCCAAGUCUACCUUGGUGAAGCUAAAGUACAAAGGGGGGCAAAUGCGGCACAAUGGAAUUAUUGUGAAAGCGUUCGAUGGAUCAAGAAAAUCAGUCAUUGGAGAAGUUGAUUUGCCUAUUGGUAUUGGACCACAUGUAUUCCAGAUCACUUUCCAGGUUAUGGAUAUAGUGCCAGCUUAUAGCUGUCUUCUCGGACGCCCAUGGAUUCAUGAGGCGGGUGCCAUUACAUCCACGUUACACCAGAAGUUAAAAUUUGUCAAGAAUGGGCAAAUAGUGACGGUUAAUGGGGAGCAGGCUAUGCUGAUUAGCCACCUUUCAUCGUUUAGUGUGAUAGAAGUAGACGAGACGGCUGUUCAAACUCCAUUUCAGGCCCUGACCAUCGAUGAUUACAAGAAAAGUGAAGGUUCAAUCGCGUCAUUCAAAGACGCCCAGCAGAUUGUCAAGACAGGUCCUACAGAAAUGUGGGGCAAGGUGAUAGAGUUGCCAGAAAACGUUAACCAUGCAGGAUUAGGCUUUGUUGAUGGAAAACAAGUGCAGACUUCAGUGGUGCGACCUUUCAAAGAUAUCUUUCACAGCGGUGGGUUUAUCAACAUGGUAGCAGUUGAGGAGGAUACUUUUUAG